CUCAUUUCCUGUUUAUAUUAGACUAAAGCCGAUGCUACAAGUCUACACAUUCCACUCACCACUGUCCUAUUUUAUUAUAGAAUCUAAUCUAGAUCUAUAUACAUCUCUAUAGAUCUAGACCUUCUAGGACUCGAUUUUUUUAGUCGAUAUAGAUCUAAUCUAGAUCUACAACUAGAUUAUGUAGAUAUAAUCUAUAUUCUAGAUAUUUCUAAAUCAUCUAGAUCUACGGGACUAGAGUCUAGUAACUAUUAAUUAGAUCUAAUUAUAAAUAAUUUAAAGUACGGCACUCGCUCGAUACUUAGGAUACUACAGUCAGUUAUUACAGUUACAGUACUAGUAGACACUCUAGAUCUAGAUAACUAGACUCUAGAUCUAAUCUUAGUAAAUCUUACUCUUACUUAUUCUUAGAUCUAGAUCUAAACAUAAGAUAUAGAUAUCUAAAUAUAGAAUUAUAGAUAGUUAUAAGAUUUAUCAAACUUGAAUAUAUUAUAAUCAUCGAUCUAUCAUCUACACAAUGAGCCGAACUGGAGCAGAAAUACAUCGCAGGUUGGGACAUGGUGAAAAACAGUCUAAGGUGAUACAAGAUCGCAUUAGUCACAUAGAACAACAUCUGUCACAGUUAUGCAGCUUAGCAUCCUCAUACACUCGGAAAACAGCAAAGUUGAGAGACAAAGGAGAUUUGAUUGCUAAAGAGUUCUUGGAAUUUUCUGAAUAUGAAAAAUGGAACCCAUCUCUUAGUGCUGGUAUGGCCAAAUUUGCUGAAAAUGUAUCAGCUGUGCAAGAUUACAGAGAAGCAGAGAUCAAAAGAUUGGAGGUAAAAAUCAUUUCUCCACUUGUACAUUAUGGCCUCUUGUGCAAGCAAACAAAGAAUGAUUUGAAAUCUGCUUUUUCUGCCAUAGAUGCAGAAGUGACCCAAAAGAAAAAACUGGAGACUAUCAAAAGUAAAAAUCCUGGGGACAGACUGAAAAUUCUUAUGAGCGAAUCAACACUUCAGAGAGUUAGUUUAGAAGCCACUAGAAGCAGCAAGGCCUUGGAGCAACAAGUAGAUAAAUUUGAGGAGAAAAAGCUCAAAGAUUUAAAGAAAAUAAUGCGUGAAUUUGCAACUAUUGAGAUGCACUUCCAUGCCAAGGCUUUAGAGAUUUAUACACAAACUUGUCAGGCUUUAGAAAGCAUUGACCCUGAUGCAGAUCUUGAAGAAUUCCGUCAUCAGUUACGACCUAAUGGUUCUAUUCGAUCAGACAUUGCAAGGUCAGCUUCACAAGCUUCUCUUGAUUCUAGGAGGAGUUCUCUUGGAAAUACAACACCUACAAAACCAUCCUCCAUACAAGAUACACCCACAAAUAAUAAAAAGAAGAUUCCAGUGCCUCAGCCUCAGGAUCUGGAGGAUGAUAGUGAGGAAGACGAUGAUGAUGAUGAUGAUGAAUCAGAAGAGGAUGACUCAGAUGAAGAGGAAUCAGAAGAAGAGUCUGAAGUAGCCCCAAAGCUGCCUCCUAAAAAAAGAUAACAUGUGUUUCUGAAAGACAUAAUAUUUAUCAAUUAGGUUUACACACAGUUUUUGUUUCAUUAUCUUGUUGCUUAAAUGUCCAACACUAUAUACACUAUUGUAUAUUUAUAACUAUUGUUGACAACUAAAAGCCAGUGUUACACCUUACUUUUGUUGAUGUGAACUACUUACAGUCUCUAUUUCAUGAAGUGUAAAAUAAAUCAGCCGUCCAUUUAUUAUUUUAUCAGGCAUGUUUAUUUAACAUCCUUGAAAAUGUUUUAUGUUUACUAUUAUUUUAUAUUCUAUACACUAAUGUGAUGUAAAUGUAUUGAAUAUUAAUUGUUAUGCAUAAAAAUAUUUACAUUUUAUAGUGCUAUUUACAUUUGAUUAAGCAUACACAUGGUUGACAAUUUUUUGAGUCAAUGUAUUGCCACCUAAUUUUAUACUGUUUUUUUUUUUUUUAAAGAUUCUAUAAUUUUGUUUUUGCUUAUCUUACCGUAGACCCUAAUUUAUGAGCUUUGGAUUUUAAAAAUUAAUACCUAUUAACAAAUAACAGGAAAUCACAUUUUAAUAAACUUCUUACAUUAAAAUAAAGAAAUAGUAGCAAAAAUUUUGUAACUUUUUAAGUUGCUACAUGCUGAAAUUAGGAUGGUAGAAUAUAGAGAUAUACUACAAAUUGUGCUCAUAGUCAAUAUUAUAUAAGAUACAAGAGAUAUGCUUGAUUUUGAAAUAUAAAAAAACAUUUAUGUCAUAAGUUUAGUGCAUUUAGCCAACAAUAAUUAUUGAAAUGCAGCACAUAAUAAAUAUUUAAUUACUUAUUUUAAAUAACUUGUAGAAUUUGUAUAUUUAAUUUACAUAUCUUUUAGUGUAAUUAGUUAUUUUCAUUAUAGGAUUUUGGGGGCGCGAUAGCUGAGCGGUAAAGCACUUCACUUCUAAACUGGGGAUCCUGGGUUUGAAUCCUGGUGAAGACUGAGAUUUUCAACUUCAGGAUCUCUGAGCGCUUCUGAGUCCACCCUGCUAUCAUGGGUACCUGACAUCAGUUGGAGAAAAGUAAAGGCAGUUGGUCGUUGCGCUUGCCACAUUAUACCCUUGUUAAUUGUGAGCCAUAGAAACAGAUGACCAUUACAUCAUCUGCCAGAUAGAUUGCAAGGUCUGAAAGGAGAACUUUACUAUUAUAGGAUUUUGUUAACAUCCAUUUAGAAAUAAUUUUUGUUACUACCAGUUUACAAAAUACUUUUUUUCACUCAGAAAUGUCCCAAAUGUUUCUGUUUAAUGUUCUACAUCUGUGACUGUACAUACAACUGAAACUGUGAGUGUUGUUGAAGUUAUUUCAAUCUUUCUCUCUUUAAAAUUUAAAUCAAACAGGAUUGUGAGCCAAAAUUGUAUGUUAUUGUGUUUCUUGGUACUACAUACUCUACUCUACUUAUUAAAUGUCACCUAGAUAAUGUAAGAUCAUCUUUUUUUUCCUAAUGCUGCAUUCUUGCCUCUUGAAAAUUUCAAUCGUUCAUUGACAUUUUUAGUUACCUCUUAAGUUUUGUUUUUAUUUGCUGCUCCAGCAAAGUAUGAAUUCAAAUGUUUGAUUUAUUUGAAGGCUAAUUUCUAACAUUAAUUUUCCUUACUGGUAUGUCAUGUCUUCUAAGUUCCUGGUGAAAAUUUUGCCUAAUAAUAAUAACUAAUUUUUCAAAUAUACUGAAUUGAAUCUCAAUGGUUGCACAAGGCUAGUAUUAUUAACUAAUUUUAUUGUAUUGAUAAACAUGUUAUAAGAAUCUAUCCUUCUUUUAAAAAAAAAAUUCAACAACACUUAAUGUUUCCUUGCUAAAAAUGUUCAUAUCUUGUAUCAUUAUUUUAUUUAGAGAAAUUGUUCCUACAUUUAUUUCUCCUACUUUAUAAAAUGGAUACAUUGUUGUAAAUGUUUCAUUGUUUAAAUGGAUAACAAGAAUCUCUUGUACAUUUAUUUAUCAUGUUUUUGUUUUUUUAGCAAAAAAGCAAAGCAUUAUCUGCCUUUAGUUAAAUCAUUUAUUUUAACAAUGCCUCACAAUAGUUUGCUAAUUCUUCAUUGUUUCAAAAAAAAAAAACAUUUGGGAACUGAAGAACAGCUAGAUAAUGCUGAACUCACUGAAAA